UAUGCAACCCCGGGGCAGCAGGUCAGCACCAGAAGCCUCGUCUCUCCCGACGCGGGCGGGUCGGCGGGCGGGUCGGCGGAGACUCCCAUCCUCAGAAGGACUUGGCCCAGUGUGAGCAGGAAGUGGCGCGCGCACCCCGCAGCGGGAGAGGCCCCCCCCCCCCCCCCCGGGCCCGUCGGGGGGCAGCCAGGGCCCAGGCGCCAGGCCAGCACCCAGGGCCCUGCUGGGGCGCCCUCAGCAGCGAGGGGGGCAGUCAGGCUGCUCCCCCCGCCGGGCCUCCUCUCUGCCCCCUGCCUGUCGCCCUCUGACCCCCAGCAGGCCCCCCGUGGGCCGCGCCGUGUCCCUGCCCGCCCUCCCCGAUAGUAGAGCGGGGGGCGGGGCCUUCAGUUGCCAUAAAAGGCGGAGCGCGCUGGCCGGCCAUGAAUGAGCAUCGCCACAGGAUGGUCUUCUCUCGGGAUUCCUUUGCUGCUGCGGCCGCUGCUGCUCAUCGGGACUCAGCUGACCCUCAGCACCUCCAGCAACCUGAUAUGGAGCCGUGCGCGGCGAGCCUGAGCCCGGGCAGCAGGUGCGGGCCCGGCGAGUACGAGUACGAGUACUGGUCUGGGAGGCGCUGCUGCCAGCGCUGCCCCGCAGGCCAGUAUGUCCGCAAGCCGUGCAGCAGCCCCCACAGCCGGAGCGAGUGCAAGGCGUGUGACACAGGGACCUACACGGGACACGCCAACGGCCUGCGGUCCUGCCUGCUGUGCACCACCUGCCGCAAGGACCAGGAGGAGGUGAGUGACUGCACGCCGACAGGGGACAGGAAGUGCCAGUGCAAGACUGGGGAGUUCUACUGCGACUCUGAGCCCUGCCUGGAGGGCUGCCACCCCUGCACCAGCUGUCCCGGCGCCACCCUCCUGACCUGCAACGCCACGAGGGACACCGUGUGCGCCCCAGCAGCCCAGCCAGAGCCAGGACCCCCAGCUGGUUCCCUGGCUGACAGCGCCUUGGCUGUGCCUGUGGUUUGCAUUGUCAUCGCCAUUUUCAUCGCCUUCGCCAUCGGCAUCGCCAUCGCCUGGUGGAGAAGACGAGGGGCGCUGCUUCCUCAGUGGCUGUGCCGUUUCAGGACAGCGACGUCGGGGGAGCCAGGCAGCCAUGCGAUACUGCGACCCACGGACCCUGAGAGGGGGCCCCUGGCCCCCGGCGCGGAGAUAACGCCGCUGCUGCAGGAGGAGGCCGAUGCCCAGACGCCCAGUGCCCUGACCCGCCCGCGACCCUUAGCUGACCCCGACCCCGGCCCUGACACCGACCCUGAUACCGACCCUGAUACCGACCCCGACCCUGACACUGACCCCGCCUCUGACCCCAACCCCGACCCUGAUACCGACCCCGGGGCAGGAGUGGAGCUGCAGGUGGAGGUGACGGGAGGCGGCCGGGUAGCCCCAGAGCCCACGCCCCCGACUCCUGCUGCCGCUGCCCCGGGGGCCCAGGCCCAGGCUGAGGCGGACGCCGGCCUCCGUCAUCGAGCAGGAUCAUAAAUGAGGAUUUUGUGACGGACACGCCCCGCCCUGACGCCAAAGGCUGUGUGACCUAAUACACCCUUCGAUACCUGAAACUCCAGUGAGAGAGAAUGUGCGCAGCCCUAUGUUCAGAGCACGUGCCCCCAGCCGUCGCGUGGGAAAAGCCGGGGCACGUUCCGCCUGGAGAACAUGCAGCCGUUCGGAAGGAGGGUCUCUGACCCUUCGCGACAGACGGAGGGACCUGGAGCGGAUUCUGCUGAGCGCACGGAGCCGGUCAGAGAAGGACAAGCAUCACGUGAUCUCACCCACGGGGACUCUAACGAACAAAAUACACUGAUGAACAAGUAGAUCCCGAGCCAUGGGAGCAGGGACCAGACCUGGCCUC